GUGGCUUGCGCCCGAUCAGUUUCAAGUAGUAGACACACAGGAGCUCAAGAGUGAAUGGGAAAAUAAAUUCGUUGUAGCUACACAGGAUUUGAUCACAUAUCAAAGCACGAAAAUGUACCGAGGUCCGUCGAACCCGGACUACCAUCGAGCACCGGUACCUCCGUCAGGUUUCGGACACCCCGCAGCAUCAUUUAGACCUCCGCCGUUCUGUCCUCCUUUUGGGGUUCCUCCAGGCCCUCAAUACUGCGCUCCACAGCCGGGUCCUCCUCCGGGACGCCCGUACGGAACAGGGAAUGAAAACUACAACAGAGAAUCAUUCUACGAGAACCGACCCUUCACCAGCCACACUGCUGACCAGACUGGAUCCACGAUCAUCAGCUCUCAGCUCACACCUUCGAAUCAGCAUCAGCUUGGUCAGUCUUCACAAAGCUGGUCAACCCAAAGUCUAGAUGAGCAAAACCAAGAAGUCAGGAAAAAGGCAGAGGAGUUUCUCCGAAUCCUGCAGGCAACUGACCGGAUUGAGCUGGCAGUAGAUAAAAGUGACACCAGUGAUCGCACUGCAGACAAGCAUCCCAGCCGAGCGCAAAGUCGGAGCAGAGGGAGGAGCCGUCCACGCAGUCGCAGCAGAAGUCGUGGAAGGAGCAGGGGUCGUAGUCGAGCUCGGAGUCGCGGAAAGAGUCGGGCUCGCAGCAGAACACGCAGCCGUAGUCGCAGUCGAGCUAAAAGCCGCCCUAGGGCCAAAAGUCGUGCGAGGAGCCGCAGCCGCAGUCACGGGAAGAGCGUAACCAGCAGUAAGAGUCAGUCACGUCUGAGCCCCAGUCAGACCAAACAGUCUUACAGAGCGACCGCAGAAGGCAAUCACAGCUCUAGCAGCACCAGCAGUGGAGUGAGCCUUGGUGCUAGCGCCAUGCCUGAUCUAUUUCAUGGACUAAGACAGAUCCUACAGAACAAAGAUCUAGAGAAACACCUGCCUAUUGUCAAGAAUGCCCUCCUUAGAGACCAGAGUACUGAUGACACAAGGGGAAUGUUUCUGGGAAAUCAGUCUGCAGUUGGAGGCUUCCAGAACCCAGAGCCGAGGUUUGAACCUAAAACCUCUGCUGAACUCUGUUAUGGUGCCCUGCUUCCUCAUGAGAGGGCUGGCGGAGACUGCAGCAGCGUUUCCAAUAUCUUAUCCUGGAACACACCCAACCAGCUGCCUGAAUCCAAGCCUUCAUUCCAGAGUGUUGAAGACGAAGAGAAAUUCCUGUAUGGAGAGCAGGAGGAGAGAUCCAAACCUCAAGCUGUGACUGUCCCGUUGGCCCAGACAAGAUCCGCAAGGUCUCCAGUUCACCAUCUCAGUAAAGAACAGCAGACUCACAAUCUCCAGGAACCCAAAGCACACGGCAUGCCUGUCAGCGUGCAGCCUGCUGGUUUGGGCACGAUGAAAGUCACUCCAGAGGAAUGUGAGAAGGUGAAAAACCUCCUGAGGACCAUCGGUCUGAAUCCAGGCAUGACUGAUAUCUGUAAAAUGGCUGCCAGACUAAAGGAGAAAAAUGAAGGACAAGGAGCGGCCGCCUCGUUCCCGUUGCUCAAACCAGCCCUGGAGGCGCUGCAAGCACUGUCCAGAGCAUCCAAAACAGAUGACAGUAGGAGUAAUCGCUCUGGAAGCAGCCAUUCUACUCAAGAAUCCAAGCGAGAGGAGAAGAAGAUGGGUGAGAAGGAGCGAGAGAGACGAGAGAAACAGAUUCAAAAGAAACGGAAAGAGUACCUGGUGAAGGAACUGGAGGGUCUGAUGAAACAGGAAGGUAGUGGUGAUUUGAUCCCAGUGAUGGGUUUCUUCUGCCAGCGCUGUGAAGAGUUCUUCGGGGAUAUGAAUAGCGCCGAAAGACAUGUAGCAAGUCACAGCCGCAGUGAUAAAAACAAGACAACAGGUUCACAGGAGCAGCACAGGGAUGCUAAGAGACACGGAGAACAGCAUCACACAUCAUCUCACAGACGGGAGAGCCCAUCCAGUAGGGCGAAAUCCUCACGGCUUCACCACGAACACAGGGAACGCAGUCCUGACAGAAAGCGCAACAGAAACGAAAGAAGCCCUCAUCCUACUGACAUUAAACUCAAAAACGAGCCUGAGAGCAGUAAGGAUGAGAGUAAAGAAAAAUCCAAAGAGAAAAAGGGAAAAAUUGAUGAUGCAGACGAUGAUGUAGAAUCAACAAAGAGUGAGAAGAAGAGAAAGAAGAAGGAGAAGAAAAUGAAGAAAAAAGAAAAGAAGAAGAAGGACAAGAAAAAAGCAGAGGCUGAUAAAAAUUAACAUUUAAAGCUUAUGGUCUUUUAGGAGCAUCAGCUAUAUGUUUGAACUUUUGGGCCUUGGUUGUUGUGGUAGAUUUCAAUCAGCUUUCUUUAAGAGUCUUCUGUGAUUGAAAUUCCACCUGCAUUACAUACCAUACUGUACAUGUACUUUAAGUAUGGUUACAUUUAAAUGUGAACAGCCAAAUUAAAACUAAGGCAGAUAUUCUGGUAGCAUGUGCAGCCCAAACUGGGGUUUGUCCCAUUUGUCGUUGUCCUCCUAUUAACAGUGUUCCACAAACCAAACACUCUGCAACAGUCAUGUUCUGAAUUCACAUGUGGUUCUUGACUGAAAAAGAAAUAAAUAUUUUUUGGGUUAGAGGUUG